AAGGCGGUCCCCCAUACGCGGCCGGAAGUGUUGGUGCAGCGGAGGGUUGGAUCGAGGCCUCGGGACUGAUGGAGGAGCGGGAACGGGAGGAGCGGCUGCGGGAGGCCGCUACUAUCGGGGACAUGGAGGCGGUUCGGACGUUGCUCAGCGCCGGCGCCCGACUCAACUCCCAGAACCCCAUGAAUGGCUGGACGUGUCUGCACUGGGCCUGUAAACGCAAUCACAGACACCUCGUCUCCUACUUACUGAGCGAAGGGGCGGAUAAAGACAUCCUUACUAAAAAUGGCGAGCGGGCAGAGCAGCUCACUUCCAAGGCGGAGAUCCGCAGGAUGCUCGGGGGUGAGAAUGAGACGUUUGGCGAUACGAACCAGGAGCCAAUGCUGCCAUUUGUGCCCAACUACCUGGCAAACCCACCCAUUCCGAAUGGGCAGAUAGACGGGAAUCCCAAGACCUCCUCACAACCAGAGAUGUGUAUGGCCCCAGUUGUCAGCUCAGUCCCAUGUGGGACCCCUGGCACCUGCAUGCCAGCAAUGCCCCAGACACUGUUUCAGCAGCAGAAUAGGCCACAUUUGGGGCCCACAUUUCAGCCACUCUUCUUCACUGGAGCUUUUCCUAUCAACAUGCAAGAGCUUGUGCUGAAAGUUCGGAUCCAGGAUCUCACCGUCCAAGAUGCUGAUUUCAUCGAAGUGGAAUUGGAUCGUCGGCAGCUGACAUACGGAGCCCUGCUGGGAGUGUGCUGUCGGGAACUGGAUGUGGAGCCUGAGCAAGUGCAGCGCAUCCGCAAACUGCCCAACACUCACCUGCGCAAGGAUAAGGAGGUGGCGAGGCUGCAGGAUUUCCAGGAGCUGGAGCUAGUCUUGCACAAGAUGGACACAAACACAAAUUCAGCGCCUCGUGCACUAACAGAGAGGCCUUGCUACAACUAUAAAGCAGCGGGUCUGACCUACUAGCGCCCCCUGCUCCCUCAGCUGUGUAACUGCAACUUGUGAUUGUGUUAAAUCCUGUGCCCUUCCCACGAGUGCUCAGGUGCUGCGAGAUGACCACGAUGAGCAUCUGGUGGCACAAAAACAAAUGGUUCCUUUCUUCAGGGGCUAUUGGGUCAUUCUUAACUUCCUCGUAGGUUACAACCUUUUUUAGAGAAAAAGCACAACUAACUUUACUCAGCAGCAUUUUGGCCAAGCUUUCUGCCCCUCACUCAAUUCAGAUUCCCAUCUCCCAUUUUAAUCCUGUUCCAAAACAUCAUCCCACACACCUACAUGUGUAGCCUAGAGAGUGAGUGCCAGCGCCACAGUCCAUCACAGCCUCAAUCCUGUCCUCGCUCAAUGUCUCCACACAAGGUGCUGUCUCUAAAUUAGCACUCAGGAAUGCCAAAUCCUGGCUGAUCGUUGCCCUUCAAAACACAGGGCUGAGUCUCCCACUGCUUAAAUAAGAUUAGCAUGCUGUCAACGUUUACUUCACAAAGAAGCAACUUAGUAAAAAGUCUACAGUUUUUUAAUUAAUCAAUUAACAGUGUUUUGGUGGUGUCUGUGCGUGAGUUAAAUCAGAAUUUUCUGCUGCGUUUGGGAGCCGCAGCUUUGUUAGCAGAACGUCAUUGCCAUUUCCUCCCAUAAACUUGUUAGUAUUUACUGUCAGAAUCUGGGUAAACACAAACUCUGCUUUUUAAUCUGCUAAAGGUGGAGAGCUUGUCUCAGUUUGUCUGCUGUGGCGGGAGAUGCAACAUUAUUCAUCGUCCUCUGAUUUCUUGGCUCAGCAGUUUCCCCACUCGUUACUGGCAGCGAGCCCCAGCUUCAAUCUUUAACCAAGGUCUUCUAUUUGGUGAUCGGAGUGGGAGCAGUGAGCCAGCCAAACACUGACUAAACCUGUGCAUCUAAAGAUUAAUAUUUUUCUAUUUACGUCAAUUUUCUCUCAUGAAUUUGAUAUUCUACAUCAGAAGCAUUUUUUAAAUGUAUUAAUUGGACUAACAAAUUAUAUUACUUGUAUAUUACUAUAGAAUAAAGAGUUGGUAGAUCUGA